ACAGCUGAUCAGGUGGACCUGUCUGAAAAAUUGUUUAAUGAAAUUUUGCCUUUUUGGACAAAGAAUAGACAGUGAAAACUGAAAACAAGUGGGACGACCGCAUUUGGGGAAAAUCACACAAUAUCCGAUUGCCCGAAUCUCAGCUUUUGUCACUUUUUGCUACCCAAAAGAAAACCCACAUAACACUACAGAAAUAUAAAUUCAGAAAAAUUCCAUACCUUUUUUCUACUCCUCUGACUCUCUCUUUCCUGUGGAAAAAAGAAGAAGAAAGAAACAACAGAAAUCCCACCAAAAAGUUCAAAUAAAACCCACCUCAUUUCUUCGCAAAAAUCCCCAACAUUUAAUGCCAAAGAUCUUGUCUUUUUAAAGGGUAUUACAAUUUGCAUGUUACUCUAAUAACCCAUUUUGCCAAAAACAAAAAGUACAAUGGAGAAAAUUCAAGUUUCAGAUAUGCCAUGUUUGGAGAAGCAAGAAUUUCAUGUUCUAGCUGUUGAUGAUAGCUUUGUGGAUAGGAAGGUCAUUGAAAGACUCCUAAAGAUUUCUUCUUGCAAAGUAACAGUUGUGGAAAGUGGGAAAAGGGCAUUACAGUUGCUGGGAUUAGAUGAAGAGAAGAGCUCUCCUGGGUGUAUGGAGAUGAAGGUGCAUUUGAUUAUUACAGACUAUUCCAUGCCUGAAAUGACUGGUUUUGAUCUGCUGAAAAAAAUUAAGCAGGAUUCAUCAACAUUUAAGGAGGUACCUGUUGUCAUAAUGUCUUCUGAGAACAUACUUACUCGAAUUGAUAGAUGCUUGGAGGAAGGAGCAAAGGAGUAUAUAGUAAAGCCUGUGAAACUGUCAGAUGUGAACCGCAUAAAACAGUUCAUGAAGAGAUCAGGUGGCUCAAGUGAAACUAUGGGGAAUGCUAGUUGUAAACAAAUUCUACUAGAGAAAGAUGUCUCAUCACCAAAAUCACUUCCAUCAUCAUCUUCUCCAUUAGGCUUUCCGUGUUCCACAGGAAAGUGUGUCUGCAUUUCGAGGCAUCUCAAGUUUCAUAAGAGACGCUUACCUUAUCCUUCGGAGUUGUCACUGCGCUGACCACUCAUUCUGAUCUUUGGUUCUCCUGUGUCCAAAUGACAGAUUUUCUUGUGAAUAUGAUGAACUGUAAAUGAAGAGAAUAGAGAGAAAUCUGAGGGAGAAAGUUCUAAGGCUAACUUUGGAAAAAAAAAAUGAUGUAUGUUUUCUUUUUCUCUACACGAAACAUAGUUUUUUUUUGCUGUGACUGAAAAAGGACCUAAAACAUUCAAGUGGAUUUUACUAAUUGGCAAGUUUGUGGAUUUUGAAGAAUUUCUGAUA